GCGCAGUUCCUUGUCUGCGCCUGGGCGGUGAUGUCACAACCGCUCGCGGCUCGUACGCGCGCGCCGUGACAGAAUCGAGUUCUGGGACGCUUAGCGCGAGGCCAAAACGAGCACAGCGAGGCUUCGCCGUGGCGCGAGCGGAGGGGGCGGAGGGGGCGUGAAGCCCGCUCUACGGUGGCCGCGGAAGGACGGCGCUACGGCUCCCACGCUGGGCCAAACGCCUCGGGCGGCCGGGCCAGGGCACACCCUCCCCUCCGGGCUUGCCCCAGCCGGGGGCGCGUGAGGGGCCGCGCCAGCGCUCGGAACUCUCGGCAGAAUGCAGUCGCCCUGCUCUCGGAGCUUCGGGCGACAGGGGCGCCCGCAGGCCCAGUCCCCAACACCGCCGGCCUGCCGCCUGGUCCAGGACGCCGGCGCCGCCGCGGAGAAGGCACCGGAUUAUCGAAGCAAGUUGUAAAUGGCAUUUACUAGGUGCAACUAGAGAGCCAUGUGCCAUUUUCUCCUUUCUUUUGGAGCCCAGUCUGAAGGGCUGCUGCAUCCCGUGGCAAACAGCAUGGACCCAACACUGUGGCCCUGCUUUGCCAUGACACCCCCAGGACCACGCCUCUUCUGAGGUCUCCAAGGCCUAGGCGCCCAUGACACCCAUGCUGACUGCCUCCUGGAGGCAGCACCGCCACUACGAGCUAGCGCCGCCGCCGCUGCCGCUGCCGCCGGGGCCAAUGCCUGUCAUGCCCAUCCCACGACGGGUGCGCUCCUUCCACGGCCCGCACACCACCUGCCUGCACGCAGCCUGCGGGCCAGUGAGGGCCUCGCACCUGGCGCGCACCAAGUACAACAACUUUGACGUGUACGUCAAGACGCGCUGGCUUUACGGCUUCAUCCGCUUCCUGCUCUACUUCAGCUGCAGCCUCUUCACUGCCGCGCUCUGGGGCGCGCUGGCCGCGCUCUUCUGCCUGCAGUACCUGGGUGUGCGCGUGCUGCUGCGCUUCCAGCGCAAGCUGUCGGUGCUGCUGCUGCUCCUGGGCCGCCGGAGGGUGGACUUCCGCCUCAUGAACGAGCUGCUCAUCUACGGCAUCCACGUGACCAUGCUGCUGGUCGGGGGCCUGGGCUGGUGCUUUAUGGUCUUUGUGGACAUGUGAGGGCGUGGCCUCCGCCUGACUUUCUUGAUUGUGCCCGCUGCGGGUUCUGUUCUUGGUGGGGUGGGCUGGUCAGGGCAUUGUGCACCCCCGUCCUAUAGGCGACCACUGCAGAACAUGCUCCCCUUUGGGGGAGAAAAGGGCUGAGACUAUUCUGUGACAGGAACCACUGCCCCUCUGGCUGGCCUCUGUAGCCCCUGCCGGCUGGGCUUCCAGCUCUGCGGUGGUCUGCUCACCUCCUUCCAGGUCGACCUGUGCGGUGGCUUCUGUCUGUUCUACACUUUGAGAUUCUCUGUGACACACACCCCACAGUUAGGCCCUACCAGUGGUUUGGGAGACCCUGGACACGGGUGUACUGCCCAGGAGCAGAUCUGGACAGGGUGCCCCCUGGCUGCUCCGCCCCCUUCCUGCACACCUUCAGCCCAUCUUGGCCUUGGUCAGUGUUGGACCCCACUGGCAGACACUGCACUGUCUCACAGCUGCCCACUCCCUCCCGCCUGCCUGUCACCCUGAGGGGCCAUGUGGGUCCCCUUGGAUUGCUCAGAUGCAGUCCGGCUGGAGUGCAGACAGCCUUGGCUGGUCCCUGGCGCAGGGGCAUCCCAGAGUGUGUGGGAGCCAGGUAGAGCUCCCUCUACCUCCACCCGGCCAGGCCUGCUGAGAAUGUCCCCUGUACUGCAUGCUGCUGCAAGUGUGGGGUGUCUGGGGAGCAGGCUUUUGGCCUGUCUUCCUGUGAGACAGCACCCAGCACUGAGACCUGCCUUUCUGGAGCAGGUGCCGGGGGUGGGCUAGGCCCACCACAGAGAGCCUCCCCCAGCGCUGUCCCCACCCUGCUGUGGCUGUUGAAGCAUCCAGGUGUGAGAGAGCGUGACUGAGGGACAGGCAGGGUGUCCUUGGAGCAGGGAGCACCUGGGCCCUGAUCUAGCCUCCUGUGUUGAAGGGGCUCUGGUCAGUUAUGCGAGGUGUAGGACACUAGCCUGACUCUGAGGAUGGCUACUUGGUCAGUACUUGCUUCACCCCAAGUUGUCCCCACUUCCUGGGUUGGAUGGUGGCCCCUUUAAACUUGCCCUGCCAGACAGACCAGUGGCCAGGGGAUCUGUGAGGACAGUUGUGUGCCACUGAAGAGCAACUUAGGGAAGCAGAAGCUCCUGGCCACAGAUGGCGCUGUAGUUUGUAGCCAGCCUCCGUCCGCUGCUCUUCCAGAGGGAGGCUCCAGAGGGCCCCUGUGAGCCGGAGGGCGGGCUCAGAGCUUCCCGGCCCCGCUUUUCUCCUGCUGCAGAGAAUCUAUUGCACUAGGUCAUGCGCUUUCCUCAAGCCAAGCUUUGUUUACGCUCACUGACUCCUGUCACAGAACCGGCAGAGCCCCUCCAGGGCUGGCUGUGCUGCCUUGAGUGUGAACACCAUGCCAGGGGCGGCAGGACCGCUGCGCACUGCACCCCACUGCCCAGUGUCCCGAGGGCCUGCCGAGUCUUAAUGAGGUGGGCCACCUGCAUUAAACCUAUUUUUUUAACACA